AUGUCAGAACUAACGAAGUUAUAUUUACCACUGUCUCUACCUUAUCCUAUAACUGUCACAUCUAUUCUAGUGCGGCCCAAUUUUGAAAUAUCUAGGCAUACUCCGGUCUUGAAAUACAGAUAUUUGGAAAAUCAAAUAGUCCCUACUGAAAAAUUGGAACCUGAAGAAAUAGAAGAAUAUCAACACAAUCCGAAAGUGAUCAAGGUCGAGUCGAUUGGAUCAUUUGAGUCGCCAAUAAAAGGAAAAGUCAUUGAUUUAAAAGUGAAGGUCGGAGAUAUAAUAUCUUCUGAUAAGGAACAAAUUGGUACCAUUGAGGAACCAUGCACUCAUGCCGUGCAAUUUGGAGGUUUGUGUGGAAUAUGUGGAGCUAAUUUGGUUGAUGAAGUAGAUUACUCGGGUUAUAACAAUAAAGAUCGAGCUCCUAUUAGUAUGUCACAUCAAAGUACACAGCUUACAGUAUCAUUGAAGGAAGCAGAACGAAUUGAAAAGAGCUCGAGAAAGAAAUUAUUGGAAGAUAAAAAAUUGAUUCUUGUUGUUGAUUUAGAUCAAACCGUUAUCCAAACCAUUAACGACCCAACUGUUUAUCAUUGGCAGAAUGAUCCAAAUAACCCUAAUUACAAAGCAGUUAAGGAUAUUAAACUGUUUUCGCUUGAAGAAAAAUACACUCCUUUGGGAACAAAGAAUCAACAGACUGCCAAAUCUUGGUAUUAUGUGAAACUUAGACCAGGUCUUAGUGAAUUUUUGGCACGAAUUGAUUCGAAAUAUGAAAUGCAUAUCUAUACUAUGGCAACCAGGGAAUACGCUAAAGAAAUCGCCAAGAUAAUUGACCCUGAUGGUAAAUACUUUGGCGAUAGAAUACUAAGUCGUGACGAGAGCGGCUCUAUAACUCAAAAAUCCUUGCACAGAUUGUUUCCUACAAAUACUUCUAUGGUAGUAAUUAUUGAUGAUAGAGGUGAUGUUUGGCAAUGGUGUCCAAACUUAGUCAAAGUGGUACCUUACGAUUUCUUUAUUGGUAUAGGAGAUAUUAAUUCCGGAUUUUUGCCAAAACAAAACAAUUUACUAAGACCAUCAAAGAGGAGAAAAAUUAUUGAUGAUAUUGAAGACCAAUUCACAAAAGGCAAUUCUAUGAUUGGUGGAUUAGACAGAAAGCAGAGUAAUGAAAGUAAAAACAUGAAUGAAACUGGAGAGCAAGAACAAGGUAAAGAAGGAGAAAGUAAAGAGAGUAAUAAAGAAGGGGAAAGACAAUAUCAUACUGACAAUGCUGAUGCUGAUGAUGGUGGCACUAGCACAGAUACUAGUGACAGCACUGAUGACAUUUCAGAGGAUGAGUCCGAGGAGCCAGUCAAAUUCUCAGAAAUUGAAGUGACGCGAGCUUCAGAAGAAAAAGAUAAGGAAGAAACGAUCAGAGAUGUUCAAAAUUCUCAACGUGCUGAGUACUUGAAAGCCCUAGAAACUGAAAGGCCACUAGCCAAGCUCCAGCAAUCAUUAGACAAGAAGCUAGAAGAAGCCGAAGCUUUAGGGGAUAAACAACCAUUCGAAGCAAUAGAAAAAUCAAAUGCGUCUGUCACGGAUUCCACCGCAAUUUCUAAAAAUGAUGGUUCUGUAAGCAACCAUACUCUUUUAUCAGAUGAUGACACUGAAUUGCAAACCCUUGGUGAAGCCUUGUUGAAGAUUAAUGAACGGUUUUACGAUGAAUACGAAAGGGAUCAACUUCAUCCACCAGAUAUAAAACAGAUCAUGCCAGAAAUGAAAGGUCAGGUACUUGGGGACACUUUCAUUGUAUUUUCAGGUGUAAUACCAUUGAAUAGAAGUGGCACAGAACCAGAUAUUGUCGUUUGGGCGAAGUCAUUUGGAGCAAACAUCGAAACAAGAAUCUCGUCCAAAAUCACUCAUAUAAUUUCUUAUGAGGCAAAGACUGCAAAGAUAAGACUUGCUAGAACACUUUUUGAUGAGGAUAAAAUAAAAAUUGUUCAUCCAGAUUGGUUGUUUGCAUGCUUUUCCAAUUGGGAGAAGGUUGAUACAAAAGAAUACGAAAUUUAUUUUCAUCCACAGGAUAAAGUUAGCGGUAAGCAGCUUGAGCAUUUAAAGCAAACUAUCUACCAACCUGAUGAAGUGCAAAAUUAUGAUUUAAUUGAAAAUAUUGAUUUAAGCGGUGCUGACAAAGAGUUGGAAGAGUUCCUAGAUUCUGAUGAAUCUGACUCUGGUUCUGAAUCUGAUGAUUUUGAUGAUGAUAAAGAAAAGCAAUUAAAGCACACACAUGGUAACAAUCUUCUGCCAUCAAGCAGAAAGAGGCCUAGAUCUUUUCUUGAUGAAGAGGGAGGUAAUAUGCUUGAAAUACCUAACUCUAGUCAACAAUCUGAUGAUUCAAUGAAUCUCAGUGAUGAAGAUUUUGCGGAAUUGGAAAAUGAAUUAGGUAAUGAUGACGAUGAUUCCAGUGAUUGA